AUGAUCACAGCUAAUGAUAUCAAUACCAUUGAAGAUCUUCGUGAUAAAUAUUCGUUUUCACCGAGAAUCUUUUCACCGAUAUUUCCAAAUGAACAAGUAAGCAGUAAUCAACAAUCUUCACGAAGUCCAUCGGCAAAAAUACGUUCUACACAACAACGAUCACCAACGUCGCGCACCGAUCAGUCAAAUCUUAAUACAUUCACUCGGCCCAAGUCAACAUUACUACCCUAUACUUGGUUACGCAAAUAUGAGCGAGUUGAUCCAAUUGUUCCAGCACCUGAUCUUAUCUAUCGCUAUGCUUAUCUAGAAGAACCUAAACGAAAAAAAACAGCGCCAAUGAGUCGUUCUUUUUCCUCACCAACAUGGUCAACUCAACAAACAAUACGUCGUUCAACAACGACCUUGUCACCAUCUCCGUCGUCACCACGACAGUCUCCUUCAAUUUACAACUAUAUUCUUCAAUCAUUCCGAGAAAACGAACGGCAACGGAAUUCUAAAGAAGAAUGUUUCUCGGCAUGUAUCAAACGACCAUUAAAUGAUGAUGUUGUUUUACAACGAGCACUAAGUCCCAAACGAUGUUCCACACCACGACAAAAGCUUCUAUCUUCGAAAGAAGAUUUCCGCAACACACAAACAAUGGAUGCUUAUGUAACUCAAUCAACAGAUCAAACUUACAAUGACUUACAAUCUAGUGACUGCACCUAUUGGCAAUUCCCUGAAUAA